GUGAGUCCAUGAAGGCAUCAUCAGGAACGGCAGUGGUGGGACAAACAGGUCUCGGCCAAGGGUUCGCAAAAUUUCACACUUAGUGGCCAUUUUUUUAUUAUUUUACACCAUGGAUUCACGGCCUCCACAAAAACCAUGGGAAAGGAGAAUUCCGGGGGCGAUGAGUGCGCCCGUAAAUUACAGGUCUACAGAUUUUUCACCACCUUCAGCCCCUUCCACAUCUGCUGGCCCUCCUGUCUUGACCAGGAUGGUGCCACCAGUGCCUCCUCGUCCUGUACAGAAUUCCUACCGUCCAUCCUACAGUUCCUUUACGUCCUCUUACUCCCCCUAUGGCAGCUCCCUCUAUGGUGGAUACAGUCCCUACAGUUAUGGUGGUGCCUAUGGUGGUGGUUAUGGUGGUGCCUAUGGUUUGGGUGGAUACAGCCGCUUACCCCACAAUGAUGACAUUGCCCCCAGCCGAUUUGUACAGCAGGCGGAGGAGAGCAGCCGUGGUGCCUUCCAGUCCAUUGAAAGCAUCGUCCACGCCUUUGCCUCUGUUAGCAUGAUGCUGGAUGCCACUUUCUCAGCUGUAUAUAACAGUUUCCGUGCUGUUCUAGAUGUGGCUAACCACUUCACACGGUUACGUGCACACCUGACCCGGGUUCUGUCAGCAUUUGCAUUGGUACGCACCUUGCGCUACCUCUACAGACGGUUACAAAGGCUGCUGGGUCGAAGAACAGACUCUGAGGUGGAGGAUUUAUGGGCAGACAGUGCAACUGACACCCUUGCUACAAACGCUUCCAGAGGGUUCGGACCAGGGAUGGAUGAUAACACUGUCAAGUCCUGGCCAAUCAUUCUGUUUUUUGCAGUAGUCCUGGGAGGACCCUACCUCAUCUGGAAACUGCUGAGCUCCAGCUCCUGGUCUGAAGAAAGCAACACCAACUGGGCGAGUGGGGAGGAUGACCAUGUGGUGGCCAGAGCAGAGUAUGACUUUUCAGCUGCUUCUGAGGAGGAGAUCUCUCUGCGGGCUGGAGACAUGCUCAACCUAGCACCUAAAGAGCAACAGCCCAGAGUGCGAGGCUGGCUUCUGGCCAGCGUGGAUGGUCAGACCACGGGGCUCGUCCCAGCCAACUACGUGAAAGUCCUGGGUAAAAGGAGAGGCCGUAAGCAGGCGGAGAUGGAGGCACUCGCUCAGAUCCAGCAAGAGAACCCACAGGCCCCCCAAACGGCUCCUGCAGUACAUCCACAGCCGUAUCCAGCCCCGGGCUUCACCUCCAGCCUCGGUUCCUUUCCACCGUCAUCAGAGGAGCUGCUGGAGGCGGCGUAUACAGAAACACCAGCUUCUAUCAACUCCAGUCUGCCCUCCAGUACAACUCUAAACAUCCCAGAGAAGAAUGAUUUGUGAUGGUGCACCUGUUGGCUUGGCUUAGUCAGUACUUGUUUGCAAUAUGUAACUAAAGGGCUGUCCACACCUAGAAAUCUAACUGGAACUAUAACACAUUGAGCAUCCAUACUGUUGAGUAAUGACGUUCAGUGCAUGUUCCAACUGUGCUGAAGCCCUAGAAUUAAUGUUGAUCAUGAAAUUGAUGCAUUUUUUUUACCUUUUUAUUCACAAACAUCCCACUGUAGAAAAGGGGACAAAAGCGUGGCUAGUUACCCACUUUUCCUCAUAUGAAAUUAAUACAAAAAUGCUGCAGUUUAUCUUAAAAUGUCCACAAAAAAUACUGACAGGCAUUGAAUGUGACUCCUGUAAAUUCAGAUGUGUUCAGUGGAUACAUACUUUACUCAUAAAAUCACUCAGACUCUGACUUACCUUCACCAUCUACCUGAAUUGAAUGAUUUUAUCCUUGUAGUUGUUCUUGGUGUGGGCAGCUCUUACAGCUUGAUUAAUAAUCAGCUGACGUUAAUAGAUUUUUGCAGCUAAGAGUGCACCAUGGACCUUAGUGAGAAUGACUUAAAUUAACCCCUUGGCUCAUAGGAAAUGGUUAAACUUAUCCAACACUGUGUGACCCUUCUUCUAGAAAUGGCUUCUACACAGAUUCAGUGUACUGUUGUGUUUCAGGUGUGUUUAUCCUCACACAAGUCAAAGUCCAUCAGAUAUAGAGUGCAUUGUUGCUUUGGUCAUGUCUGUGUCGAGAUGGAACAGGGUUUAGUUUAAGUAAGAGGUGCAGCGAUGUAUCAUUUAUAUAUGGACGGUGGAAAACGUAAGUGUAAAUGUUGUGUUUCAGAUUAUAAUUAUAUAAGUCUGUUUGACGUGGCCCUCGUUAAGUGUGUAAAUGGUAACGGAUUCAUUCAGAAUAUGAACAGGCUAGAUUUGCACAUUUUCAGCAGUUCUAUACUUACAGAAAGUGAUUAUGUAAAUAUUUAAUAUAAAUAUUUUGAAAAUAAAUAUUUUCAGAAACUCAA